AUGUCAUUCCAACCCAUAAAUCCCAAGCCGUUUUUGAACUCGCUCGUCGACAAGAAGGUUGUCGUGAAGCUGAAGUUCAACAAAAUUGAGUACCAUGGGAAGCUCAUCUCGGUGGAUAACUACAUGAACCUGCUUCUGGACGAGGAUACGUUAGAAUACGAUCUCAGUGCAAAGGGAAAGACACAGGGGGAGAUCUUGGCAACUGGGGGUACUCCAUUGAAGCACGAGAUCUUCAUUCGUUGCAAUAAUGUCCUAUGGAUUGGUGAAGACGUUGCCGAGGCGGUGACAGCCGAGGCUGUUGACGACGAAAGCAUGAAAGAGUAA